AUGAGCGCUCCAUAUGUUAAUGGUCAUCAUUCCCAAGACAUGCCGAACGACUCCGAUGGCGGCUCUAUCCAGAAACGCCAGCGAGUCUUGGCAUGUACUUAUUGUCAACAACGGAAGAUCAAAUGCAACCGCAUAUUUCCUUGUUCCAACUGCAUCAAGGCCAACUUGAACUGCACUCCAUCAAAACCGACUCCUGUGCGCAAAAGACGAACACCAAAUGUCCUGCUACAAGAAAGAAUCAAAAAAGUAGAGGCCUUGCUGGAGCAGUAUACACUUCAGGGAUCGCCUGCUGAGCCUACCUCUGCACCUACACAUGAGUCUCUGGAUUUUUCACCUUCCGCGUCUCCCGCUCCGUCGAACGGGCUUUCGACUCCAAUCUCAUCCGGCGCCGGUAGACUUGUAGUCAAGAAUGGCGGCUACAAGUUCUUGGAUAGCAUGCUUAUUACGGAGAUUGGAACGCUCAGACUAACUCUUAGAGAACAACAGCUGGAAGAGAUGCGCCAUAUUCUUGACCAAGAAACCUCAGACGACGAAACAUGCCCUUCACGGGCCUCGCCACCCACGCAUGAAGAUGUUGACUUGCUUCUGGCUGCAGCGUCAUCUUCCAACCUUGGGGAUCACCUUCCCUUGCCAUUUCAAAUCCUUCGAUUGUGGCAAGUCUUUCUAAACAGAGUCAAUCCUCUGAGUAAGAUGAUACAUGGCCCUAGCACGGAGCAGUUGAUCAUAAGCGCAAUGACGAAUCCUGAAGACAUGCCUCACAAGUCUAGAGCCUUGCUGUUCUCCAUCUGCCUCGUUUCCGUCGUUAGUCUUUCAAAAGAAGAAGCCAAAUCGAUGCUGGAUCUACACAAGAAUGAAGCCAUCCGACGAUUCACAGAUGGUCUGAAAACAGCACUGAACAAAGUGAAUUACCUCAGAAACUAUGACAUGCCUAUUCUACAAGCAUUGGUGCUCUACUUGAUCUCAUUACAAGGCCGUAGCAAUCACGAUGCAGUCUGGGUUCUCAGCGGCGCAGUCAUCAGGAUCGCUCAUAAAAUGGGUGUCCAUCGUGAUGGUGAAGUACUCGGAUUGACCCCAUUCGAAACCGAGAUCCGUCGCCGUGUAUGGUGGCAGAUUCUAGCACUUGACUCCAUGUAUGCAGCAACCUCUGGGAUGAGGCCGACGUCGUUGCUUUCUGGGGCCGACACCAAGAAGCCCCAGAAUAUCAGCGACAUAGACUUCUCCCCCGACUCCAUAUCCAUUCAGUCCAAAGAAGGUCCCACAGAAAUGGCAUUUACCAUGGUAAUUUACGAGGUUAUUAGCUUCAUCUCGGAUCAUCACAUGUCCGACUUUGAACAAUUGCUUCUUGGGGGCCUGGGAGUUGAGCCAGGAACUCCAGAAGGCGAAGAAUAUCAGUCUUCGUUACAGGAACUGCGAGGUCUAGUAGAUGAGUUCGACGACAGGCUAAGCGAGAUCGAGAAAAAGUAUUGUGAUCGCUCAGGAGGACCGAUCCAUGCUCUGGCACUAUUUCUUCGCCCGCAUAUCAUGGAGGAAGGUCGAUUAAUGUGCACACCGAUGGCAGAGACCCCAGAAUGGGGCACCGAGCUUCAGAACCCCAAGGAUAAUUUCUUUCGUAUCUGGCUCGCCCACAACGAGGGCGCUAUCAAAAUGUACGAGAUGGCAAGUCAAGGAAACUUUCUUUGGGCAUUCAAAACGCACUUCCACCUUGACUCACUUCUGUUUUUGGCCGGUCAACUUGUUGAGCGCUCACCAAUCGGGCCGUUCGCCGAGCGUACGUGGCGACUGUUUGAUAAUUUCUACCGUUAUCAUGAGGAGUUAUGGGAUGUUACUACUAAGCUGCAUCUCCAGCUGGCUAGGCUUCUGCUUAAGUCUUGGGAAAUUCGCGAAUCGACGCUUCAAAAGAUGGAAGCUCCUGUCGAUGUCCCUAUCUUCAUACCCAAGCUGAAGAUAGAGUUGUUACAAGCUGGACUAUUCCGGACAAGUCAGACUAUCUUUCCAUCGCACCAUUUGAAUUGCGAUAAUCAAGGAGGCUAUGUCGACAAUCUGGAAUUCGGCGAUAAUGUCCCGCCUGAUUUGAUACAAAACCCGGCAAUGCCCUUGGAAUGGUCUAUGAUGGAUGAUCAACAGAUGAUGGAUGCACAAAACCCAGCGCUUCCUCUCUUUGCCUUUUUUAAUAGCACUAAUGGCUGGUGA